UUGUAGCAUUAAAAAUAAACCUGCAAACAAAGAAAAGGGAGGGGGGAGGUCACCUGCAGUGCCCCAACCAACCCCUGUGCACCUUGGGGUGAGGGAGGGGGAAGCAAAGGAAACUGCUGCGGCGGGCUCCCCCUCAGCGUCACACAGCCCCAGAGCAGGGCCUGCUGCCGCCUGCUCCCUCAGGGCAGGAAGCCUGUGGUGGCCGGCCCCUGCCAUGGCUAGGGAGCGUCUCUAAAGAGGAGCGAAAUGAGAGAGAAGAAUUUACACAGCUGAAGGGAACGUCUAAGCAGGAGAGAGCCGACAGGGAGACAAGGAGGUGUUUUAUUCAAUAUCUGGUACCUUUAGGACUCCUUAAAUCAUCUGGAAGAUGGCAGAAGCAGUAGUGAUUGAUCUGUUCAGUCUACAAAUGAACUCACAAAAUAAUGGCGUUCGGAAGUUAUUAUGUAGCACGCUAGAAAGGAUUGAAAAACACUUCUCUACCAGUGCUCCAUUUGUUUACAUAAUGUGCUACCAAACUCCGAGAAGCGAAAGGAGCAGUGAACAAGAUUCGUUACUUAAAGUAAUCAGCGGUUUUCAGAUUCUGAAGAAAGGAAUUGAGGUUGUGUGCAUGACAAGUACAGCUGCUGCCUUGUACACCAUUAAACAAAAACUAGAUGAAAAGGAUUUAAGCAUCAUUAAAAUCAUUUUACCAGUACAAAGGAAAGCUUUAAUGGAAGUGUUUAUAGACCACCUAUUCACUGCUGUUUACCAGUUCCAGUUUGAGGAUUUUGGGGUGGAUUGUGAAGGAAACAAUCUCCAACAAAUAGCUGAACCUCAGAGUGACAUACAAACACUUUCUGCCCAUGAGAUGGAACUCGUCAGGCGUGAGAUUCAGACAUUCUUGGAAAGUCUGCCAGCCCUGAAAGGGAAGCUUACCAUUCUAAAAUCUUCCUUGAUCCCAGGUCACAUCUUCCUACAUGGGUUCACCACGAGGACAGGUGGAAUCUCUUAUAUACCAACACUCAGCUCUUUUAACCUCUUCAGCAGUUCCAAGCGGAGAGAUCCAAAGGCUGUGGUUAAAGAAAAUCUACGCAGGUUAGCUAAUGCUGCAGGUUUUGACCCAGAGACAUUUCACAGUGUGAAGGUCAAUCAUGCCAGUGAUGUUUGGAUUAUGGGAAAGCCCCAGCCUGACAACUAUGAUGGAAUAGUAACGAAUCAGCAAGAUGUUACGAUAGCAGCUCCCGGGGCUGACUGCAUACCUAUGCUUUUUGCUGAUCCUGUCAAAAAAGCAUGUGGAGCUGCUCAUUCUGGAUGGCAAGGCACUUUGUUAGGAGUUGCUAUGGCUACAGUAAAUGCUAUGAUAAAAGAAUAUGGCUGUAAUGUUAAGGAUAUACUUGUGGUGCUGGGCCCAUCUGUUGGACCAUGCUGUUUUACACUUCGUCGGGAAUCAGCAAAGGAAUUUUACAGUCUUGAUCCAAAAUGUGUCAGACAGUUUGAUUCUCCAACUCCCUAUAUUGAUAUUAGAAGGGCAACACGAAUUCUUCUAGAGACUGGAGGGAUUCUGCCUCAGAACAUACAGGAUGAUUCUGUCACUGACCACAACCAAAGUCUCACUUUCUGCACAGCAUGCCACCCUGAUACAUUUUACUCUCAUGUUCGUGAUGGCACUAACUUUGGCACACAGAUUGGCUUCAUAUCGAUCAGAGACUGAGUUAGGCCUUUACAGUUCAAGCGAGGUUCAAAGCUGAAGAAGGUCAGGUGAGAACUCCUCUUGUGAUAUGGCAAUGGAUAGGUCUCUAUUAUAGGCCUGGAUAGGUCUCUAUUAUAUUAAACCACCAACUGCUUUCGGCAGCAGUCCCGGAGGUAGAUAAAAUCUGCAACCAUAGCUCCAGUAAACAUAGAACAUAGUUCUGUUGUUGUUGGGGAUGUGGCCAGGUAACCCUCAAUAAAGCUCAGAAACUUUCUUAUUCUCCCACACUGCUUGUUCUUAGUAGCCAAUGCUUUCUUACCAGCUUGAGCUUACUCUAGACACUAUCUUCUCUGCUUGAUCUAAACUCAAGGAAAAAAAAGAGACCUGUUUUAACCCCAUUAUCUGUUCUGCUAGUAAAAUCUAAAUAUGCACCCUUCUUAUGCUCCUACUGAAAAUGUGUCUCUGGACACUAUGGUUUCACAAUAGACAUUAUUGGUCAUCAUAUAUGAAUGAAAAGAGCCUCCCAGUACUGUAGUCAUUUAUCUGCCAGGUCCAUUACUAGUAGGGUGGCCAGAUGUCCCGAUUUUAUAGGGACAGUCAUGAUUUUGGGGUCUUUUUCUUAUAUAGGCUCCUAUUACCCCCUACCCCCUGUCCCGAUUUUUCACAUUUGCUGCCUGGUCACCCUAAUUACUAGGAUAAUUAUAACCUGCAGAGUUCUCUGGCUUACGUCUUGGGGGAAAUGUCUGGAAAAUCUUUUCUAUUUUUCAACCAGUCCCUUGCACGGUCCAGGAUAAGUGUUGCCCACUAGGGGGUCAGGGCUCACUCACUCGCUCUUUAGCCAGGAUAACGCUUUGUUGGAGCAGAUCUGUGAAGCUGCAGUUUGGUGUUCCAAAGCUACUUUUAUAAGACACUGUAAAGUAGACACUUAUUAUGACUUUGCCAAUAGGUCUUCAGCUAAAUCAUUCCGGCAUCUGUGCUUGAAAAGUAAUCUGUUCUUCUUGAGGGGCUGCUAUUUAGGUCCUGGCAAAUUAGAGACUUUGCUUAUCCAUUUGGAGAUAAAUUAUUUUUUUUAAAUCUGUGUCUUAUUUGUAAAUGGACUUUAUGGACAAGGUCAGUAUCCACUGACACUAUUCUUUAGCUAUAAUCUACCGGCGGUUUUAUUUUGUAUGUUUUUCACUUCCUAUUUCUCAUUCGGACAAUCGUUUUCCCUUGCACUGCAGUCUUUCUGGAGAAAGUUCUUUCACUUUUAGUUAUCGUUCUCUGUUUUAUUUCCCUUAAGGUACCUCUCCCCUCCCCUCUCAGCUUCUGUCUGUAGCUUUAGUACUGUAGCAUUUGCAGUUGGGAUGUGAUUGGCGGUUUAAGAUCAUUCUGCAGUUCCACCAGGUCGCUCAUGGCUGCUCAAGCGUGAUGUUAGAGACUUACGUUGUCUGUUGGAAAAAUGACCAUUUAUAGGUAAGAAAAGUAUCCAAGUCACAGAACAAGUGCAAAAUGAGUAGUUCUGCUGAAAAUGUGCUCACACUGAGCCUCAUAAGCCAUUUUUACCAUUGUUGUUCAUUAUUUCUAUUACACUACAUUACUUAGACUAUAUUUUAGAGCAGGGGCCAGCUUUUUUGUGUGUUUGUACAGCACCUAGCUUGAUGUUCUGCCACCACACAAUAAAGAAAUAAUAAUUAAGAGAUCCCAGCCAAGUCAGCGCCCCAUUGCACUAGGCUCUACGUAACAAAUAUAUUUACAUAUAAUCAAAUAAAAGAUGCAGGGAGGACUGGAUAACAAUAGUCUGAGCAUGUUCUUUCACAGCUGUGUGUAUAGUUUGUAAGCGUAGAGUUUUUUCUGCUGUUUGUAUUAAUAAGCAGAUCAGUAGUAGCAGCCGAGGCUCACCACCUCUAGGGGAACUUUUAACAUGUUUCAUAAAUUAUUCUGACAUACUUGUUUAAUAAUCCUUCUCACCCAUUAACUUCUAGUGUGAAUUUAUAACAUUUCUCUGAGCUAUUAUCAAGUUAGUAAAUGGUAUUAUUAAUUAUUCCUGGGAUGUGCUGUGAGGAGAGUGAGGAUAUUAUCAUACUGAACACUGUCUUCUGUAAAUAUACAGUAUAAUUAACAUUCAAUGCAGCUGUAAAUUCUGGACAGAGCUUUUCAUUUGCAUUGAUAUAUUCCAAUUAUUGAACAGGCUUUGAGAAAUGAAUGAUCAAGUAUUAUAUUAGAACAGCGCUGCUUCAGCAUUGGACGGUAACCUUCAGGUCUCUGAGGUAGGUGUGUAGAUUUUCCUGUGUGGUCUUCUGGUCAGAGCUUGAGAGCUGUAAUAGGCUCCAGUCCUCUGUGGAUUGAGCAGAGAGUAGCACAUGUAAUAUACACUGACUGGUGUAACACACACUGACAUAUGCACCACAAAUUACAACCACUAACAUGCCGGAAGGGUUUCACCUUUCCCAGACAGAACUGUAUUUCGCACAAUGGGUCUUUUCUCCCUUUAAUGUUUUUUCCUUCUCGUGCUUAUCUUCUGCUAUCUUUUUGUAUGGUGAAAUUCACAAAUGCCACACAAAACCCCUAUACACGGAAUAAGAGAGCUUCAUAUGACUGUCCGGAGCAGGUGUUUAAGGAGACAGAAUCUACCCUGUGGGGAUGCUGUACAGGCUUUGCACAGUCUGUCUUUCUAUGCAGCAUCUAUUAGACAGGAACCAUGUGAGGAGCUAUUUGUGCUCUCUCUGACAUAGCCCCAGCAGUCCCCUCUAAAACAGCACAGAGCCAGCGUGGAGCCUACCUCCUAAGCACAGGAUCUUUGUAAGGGUCCACCAAGCCAUACCCCACCGGAUGGUUUCACAAUGGUCCCCCAUUAUCAGCCUCAAUAGCAAACAAGUCAACGUUCCUAGAUUCAGCCUGUGCUGUCCUCAUUUCACUUCAUGGAUCAGUUGCUUUUGAGUAAUGCAAUGAGAGAGAUGAACUGCAUUCGCUUAUCCUGAGGCUGCGUGCAUUAGCAUCAUGUGUGCCCUGAUUUUGUCCUUUGAGUCCCAUAGUCCUUCAUGAACAUGGAUCUCGUGUGUGACAACAUAACAGUACAGUACAUGGGCAUGCUAAAUUCUACAUGUGACAGGAAAAAUAAUGUCUUGCUUUGCUGGAAGGGACACGUGCCUCCAAAGAAUCCUGGCAACCCAAGUGUAAUACAGUUUAACUGACUUGUGCUUUCUAUUUCCAGCAGACAUUUACCAGAGUUUUCCAAUGAGUGAAUAAUUUAGGCAUUCAUUUGAAGUAUUUAAUUUAAGAAUGAUUUUAGGCAUGUGUAUCAAAUGCACUCAGGAUGUUAUAAAUUAUUAUACAGUACUGCACAUUUUUGUAACACUAAAAGGUUUCACUUGCUUGCUUUCCCUUUAAUAUGCAAUAUACAGUUCUUGGUGCUGCUAGAAAGCAUAAUUAUGUGUUUCCUAAUGUCACUCUGAGAAGAAUAGGGAGUUAGCCUUUAAAGUAAUCUCUCUGAUCUUUCAUUACAAAAUGUUUAAUUUACAGUAGCAUCACGUGUUACAGAUAUUUUGCUGAAUCUAUUUGUGUGAGUUUUCUCCUUGUAAUCCAUUCAAAAGAGACCCCAAGAAGAAUUUCAGAGGCUUGAGCUAUCAUGAGCAAUGUUCUGUGUAUUCAUAGAAUCUCAGGGUUGGAAGGGACCUCAGGAGGUCAUCUAGUCCAACCCCCUGCUCAAAGCAGGACCAAUCCCCAAUUUCUGCCCCAGAUCCCUAAAUAACCCCCUUAAGGAUUGAACUCACAACCCUGGGUUUAGCAGGCCAAUGUGGCUGAAAUAUCUAUAUUCCACUUUAACAAAUGUGACAUCAUAUUUCUAAGGCAACCUGUAUUCUGGCAAUCAUGGGAGCAAGGACACUGCAUGGAUUUCCAUUUGGUUCCUGCAACAUAAAAGAGAUCUGAGACAAAAUCAAUAUGGACUGUGCUAAACUAUUAGGAUUCAUUUUCACAAUUAAUUAUACCUAAGGGAGUGUUUCCUUUAUUCUACUGCAAAUGUAAUUCAGAGCUAGUAAAGGUUGAAUGAGAUUGUUUUUCUAGCAGUGUCAUCUCUACAUUUAGCAUAGGAUUGCAUGGCUGUAAUGGCUUAUAAUAUAGUAAUUUGACAUCCUUUAUUUUGAAAGUAGGGAACCUAACCUAGUACUUGAACAUGUCUCUUUUAUAAUGUGGGCUCUAAGAACUCUUUACAUUUAAAUAUGCAUAAUUUAUUUUUUCUCACCUGAUAUAAUGGCUUUAGGCAGCGUUGUGAAAUUUUGCUUUGGCAUUUAGUUAAAACAAAUGUAAUAUGUCAUUGCCAACGGUACUAUAGAAACCUGAGAUACGUGCUUCAGUGCUUUGCUCAGAGGCACUAAGCUCCAUCUUAAAGGGACUCUCAUAGAUGUUGUCAUAAUGAAAACAUUUUGUUGAUUUUGUCUGAAAAACCCUGGGCCUGAUUCCCCUAAACUGAUGUAAAUCACAAGUAACUCAAUUAAAGUCAACAUUGUAAAACCCAGUGUGAUGAGAGAAUCAGGCCCAAUGAAUGUUUUCAGUUACAAUGCUUUUCUCAAUGCUUUAUAUAAUCUGUAUUAAAAUGAUGAUUAUACAGAUAAUUGUGUCUCAGUUCCUUCUCUAGGAAAUUGUGGUAGAAAGCUUUACAAGAGUUUCAGGAGUUCACCUGAGUUAGGCAAGCCACCUUAGGCUCAUGGAUGUUUCUUGCCAAAUCUUCAUUUAUAUCUUGUGCAAUCCCUUUGGGUGAUACUACACUGAGAGAUUUCUCAAAUUUUCCCUCCAUUGCACUAUUAUAGCUGCAACUACAUCCGUGCUAGCCAUAGUGGGAACGCUAACAUAGACUGACUAUUGGUGUUUAUAUUGUCAAACCCAGCUUAGAACAAGCAUAAAUGAGACAAAUGUCAAAAUACCAGGGUAUUUUGGGUAGGAGGGUUUUCAAGAAAUGCUCACUAUAGACAAGGCCACUGAAUUGAGAGCAGAGCAUAUAAAUCAGUAAUGAAUGUAUCUCUUGUUUUUCACAAAAUCUAAUUGCUAAAAGAUAGAAGCAAUCUGUUAGGGUAUGCAGUCCACCUCCCUGCCAACGCCACAUGGUUUGUGGUCUAGUAUCUUGUCCAUUCGAAAGCCAUGUCUACCCUCGCACUCAUGUCAGCAAAACUUCUGUUGCUCAAGUGUGUGAAAAAAACCCACCCCGAGUGAUGUAAGUUUUUCCGGCAUAAGUGCUCGUGUGCACAGCGCUAUGUCGACGGGAGAUGCUUUCCUGCUGACAUAGAUACCACCACUCAUUGAGCUGGUUUUAUUAUGUUGACAGGCGAGCUCUCUCCCAUUGGCAUAACGCGGCUACAUGAGCGCUCUUACAGCUGUGUCACUGUAAGCUUUUAAAUGUAGACAUGGCCUAACUUUAUAUGUUCUGAAAUACAGGACUGUCAUCUGUUCCUCUUGGGAAGCCAUUCCAGACUAUUAAUACAGCACUCUGUCAGAAACUGUGACAUUCAACUAAAGUUUCUUUCUUACUUUCUAUUGUUUCUAGAGCUGGCAAAAUAGCUGAGAGAACAGGUUUCCAUUGUAAAAUGAAGUGCAGUUGAAUUAGAAAUGCUGAAUGAAAUCAUGUCAAUGUUGUCAUAAUUUUGUUUUGGAGAAAAAAAGAGUGUGUGGUGGGGAGAGCUCUGACAAUGUCAAAAUGUCCCAUUUCAAGGUUUUUUUAAAUAAAAAGUUUCAGAUUUUCCUUUUGAAACAA